AUGAAGGUCAGCAAGCUUUACAUCUACCCCAUCAAAUCCCUACGACCGACCCCUCUUACCACCGCUGCCAUCUCUCCUGAAGGGAUUAAAUAUGAUCGUCGAUACAUGCUUAUCAAAGUUGAGCCCGGCAAAGAUGAAGCCGAGCCCACACUAAAGAACAUGCAUAUUCCUCAUUUCCCGGAAAUGGGUCUAUUCCAAACCGCGGUAGAAUUCCCGAAAGACAAUGACGACACUGGGAAAAUAAUCGUGACAUACAAUCCACCCUCUACUCAGGAGAUGGACGAUCCGAGACCGUGUGAAAUGAAGCAAAUCGAGAUACCCAUUCGGAUACGUCUAACCCAAGUCAAGACCAUGAAGGAAAUGAAGGUGGUUAUGCACCAAAGCUCUACGACGGGAUAUGUCAUGGACGAUGAGUAUGAUGACUGGUUCAGUGAAUGCUUCGGAUUCCCAGUUAUCCUCGCAUACUUGGGGAAGUGCUCACGAGAAGUCCUGGGUACAUUGACACCAGAAAACCGGAAUAAUGUACCCUGGUAG